CAUACUUAAUAGUCAUUGAGCUGCGAACUCAUUGGUUCCUUGGAGGUGGAAAUGACAUAUGGAGUGGGCGAUAUGUAGGGGGGUUGUAUUAAGGGAGUGGGUAAAGCUGAAUUAUACGAUACUCCGGUCUCGGUACAAUCCUCAGUCUGUGGAGAACGACUGGGUGUCGGACAUUUAAUUCUGCUUCACCAUCUCGUUCAUCCCGUCGAAGAACUUCGGCAGACUUCACUUCCGCGUCUCUGAGAAUCUUCAGGGUCAUUGAUCGUUUGGUUCCCCAUUGGCGCUCUAGAGGAAGAAGACUCGAGACCUAGGAUUUGGUAUAGCUAGGAAGGUCCAUAACUGGAUUGAUAUAUUUUUAACAGUCUGACGAGUCAAAGUAUCAUGACAAUGGUAACAAAAGUCGAUGACUUCAACGUAGAAGACUCUCAACCAGAAAUGAAAUCGCCGCUGAAGGGAGAAUCAUGCUUUCAAUUACUCGGAAGAUUUUUACGAAUUUAUUGGCGCUCGUUGUUUUUGAUAUUAGUCCCGAUUAUUUUUCUUCCUCUUAUUAUCUUGAACAACAACACGAUGUAUCGCUGUCUUUAUGUUCUUCUGAUAAUGGCGUGUUAUUGGAUUGCCGAAGUUCUACCAUUGGCUGUCACUUCUGUAAUACCGAUUGUACUUUAUCCAUUGUUGGGUAUACUGAGCACUGCCGCGACCACCUUAUGUUACAUGAAUGACACAGCAAUGAUGUUUAUUGCUAGUUUAGCUAUAGCAAUUGCAAUUCAGACUUCAGGAUUACACAUGCGAGUAGCACUGUGGAUAAUCAAGCUGAUUGGUUGCAGUCAUAGACGUUUGAGCUUUGGAUUGUUCUUUGUGACUAUGUUUAUUUCUAUGUGGAUAUCAAAUACUGCAGCUACCGCCAUGAUGGUUCCAAUCGUGCAGAGCGUAUUAGAGGAACUGGAAAAACAAGGCCUUGGUAACGUAUUUGUCACAACCGAUGACGAAAGUAAGGAAGAAGAACAGGAAGCUUCAAAGAAACCGACGCCAAUUACCAUUAGUCAUUAUUUGGCAGCAUCUUAUGCCUCUAGUAUUGGUGGUAUCGGUACUAUUGUGGGAAGCGGCACUACUUUGUCAAUAAAAGGAUAUUACGAAUCACGUUUUCCAAAUGGUCCCGGUAUAAACUUCUCUUCGUGGAUGAUGUAUGCAGUGCCACCCAUGCUUAUAAUGUCCAUUCUCACCUGGAUCUGGCUUCAGAUUUUAUACAUGGGCCUAUUUAGGCCUAACAGUAAAGAGGCACGUGCCGUAGACAUUGGGAAAGAAGGUGAACGCGUGGCUACUGCAGUAAUUGAGAAAAAAUACAAGGAACUUGGACCUAUAACUUGGGGCGAAUCUUGUGUUGGUUUACUCUUUAUAGCUGUAAUCUUUCUUUGGUUUUUCCGGGAACCUGGAUUCGUUAAAGGAUGGCCGAAUUAUAUAACCGACGUGGCUGUGAAGGACUCGACAGCCGGUAUUGCUGUAAUGAUCAUUCUGUUCGCACUUCCGGCAAAUCUGAAUUUCCUCAAUAGCUUCAGUAAAGAUCCCAGCAAGAGACCUACUAAGGCUUCGUCUGGACUGUUAACAUGGAAGCUUAUACAUCAGAAUAUGCACUGGAACUUGCUGUUUAUAUUUGGUGGUGGAUUUGCUAUUGCAGCGGGUAGUACAGCUUCUGGUUUAUCGACAAUGUUGGGCAAUGCACUGAUUGGUCUGCAGUCAUUGAACCCUGUGAUUAUUUUAUUUAUUGCAUGUCUACUUGUAGAGACUCUUACAGAGAUGACUGCCAAUGUGUCUGUGGCAAACAUCGUCAUACCAGUUUUAGUAGAAAUGUGUGUGGCCAUAAAAUUACAUCCUAUGUAUAUGCUGGUACCAGGCACUAUGAGUGCUUCAUUUUCAUUUCACCUUCCUGCAGGAACACCACCCAAUGCAAUUGCAUGUGCUGCUGGACAUAUCAGAACUAAAGAUUUGAUGAUCGCUGGUAUAGGUCCUAGUAUUAUUACCCUUGUUACUACAACUAUUUUAUUCCCUACAUGGGGUAAUUAUGUUUUCCAGCUCUCAGAAUUUCCUGAGUGGGCUGUUUAGUUAUCUCUUGCAAUAGUUAUUUUUAAUUUCUUAUACUUAUUUUUUAAUUUAUUAGCCACUGAAACAGAGAUAAGUAAGGUCUUCGUAUUCUUCAUUCCUCCUAAAAGUAUUAUGACAGAUUGUUUUGUACAUACAUACACAUAUAUCGAGAUAUGUAAUAAAGGUAUGUUAGAGUUAGAAAAUACACUAUAUGAAAAUAAAAGCAUCAGAAACUUUAAAGUAUGCAGUAUGUUGUAGGAAUAAAAAUUAUCUCAAAGCGAUAUGGCACGAAUUGUAAACUAUGAAUAAGGUAUUAGUAUAUUUUGUCAUCAAACAACAAUCAAACGAUAACCAUACCUUUAAAUAAAUAACAAUUUUGAAACCCUAUAAUUACAGACAAAUAUAUAAUUAGACACAA